UAAAGACCCUCGUCCUUCUCAUUCAGCGGUCGGCUGAGUUGACUCGCGGACGUACCUGUUGGAACCAGAUUCCAUCGUGACCACAACGCCGGUUUUCAGUUAGAAUGCCAAAAGAACCAGAAUUCCAGCGCGUUUCUCGCUGACAGUGACGGUGCCGUGUUGAGUUUUGCAAAACAGACGGUGGCACAUAGUUUAACUACAAUGGAACUUGCUGGUUUCUAUGGAAUCACCACCGUAUUUAUUUUCUUCUUGCAAGGAAUUUGUAUAGAAGCGGUAUGUUUUUUUCCUCCAGAAUACGUAGGAGAAUUCGUAAUGCAAAAAAGUGUGAAUACAGGAAACGCAGUAGAAUAUAGUACAAUAAAUAUAUCGUUUACCGGAACGCCAUUAUGGGGUUCUUGUACCCGACGAUACGAUAAUAAUUUCAUCUUCACAACCAGCACCGACGAUUAUUUAUGCAACAACUGUCUUAAUCUCAGUCUCAAAUCCAGAAAUGUUCUUCAAGUGCGCGCAUCGAAUUUAUCGAAAUGUUACGUUAAAGAGGAAGAUGCCAUUGAGUCUUGUCCAAAAGAUGAUGCCACUAAAUCAGAUGGAGUCGUAGAAAUUAUUUUAUUUAAAACUCAAAAUCAAUAUGGACCAACUCAAAAAGAAUUUUGUCCGAUCGAUGAUAAGUAUUCGGUGAAGUAUCAUUUUCCCAACAUUAAUUCUACUAACAGAUGCAUGACGGACAACGCAAUCGUCAAUAUGUGUCCAUCGGCGUCUGAAAUGAGUCUUAGCUUCGAUAACUGCCCGGAAGGAUACGGUUUUAAAUUAAGCUGCAUCGGUCAGUGGAUUGGACAAAAUGGGCAACACUAUCUUGCUUUAGAAGAUAGCCGACAACAACCAACUUACAGAUGUGCAUUAUUUGAAAAAAAUGAAAAGACUGGAAUAGUAAAGUUAGCAUUAAGUAGAGAUAGUACGUGUGAUGGUGGUUUAGAAACUGCAUCGAGAGGUCACGAGACGAUGGAGCUGACGCCAUCGCCGCAGGAGGACUCGCCAUGGGUAGCGGAAACGGAGAAUGAAGUGUGCAGGUUUCCCGAGUGGCUGCAAGGCCAAUGGGAGCAUGUCACUGUAGACCGGAACACCUUCGUUUAUAGGGAUCAAGCCAACUUUGUCAAAUAUGAUUUACGAUGUCUUGCAGCGGAAGCGAACAAUAGAUAUUUUGUUCAUAUUCGGGCCCAAUGUGGAAACGAAAAAAGUUAUAGUUGUUUGUGGGUGCAACAACGUGAUGAUAACGUAUUCGAAUUUUUAUUCGGUUUGAAGGCAAGUAUACGUAGGGAUGAAGUAUUAUGCGACGAGAGCAAUUUUGGACAGGACGGAUGGAUAACUCAAGGACGAAAGCAGCCCAUCAACACUUUACGGUGUCCCAUAUCUGGAAUUUUCAACGGGGUCAUUCCGGAAAGCGGAUCGUUUUGCGGGUCGCUUUCUUCGGAUUGCAAAACGCCGGAUUUGAUGUAUUAUAAAGUUUACGACUGCAAAACGUCGCAAAUGUACGAAGAAAGAGAAUAUCGUUGUCUCGGACAUUGGAGGGAAAACGAUCAAUUAUAUACUUACACAAAAAGACAUGAUAGUGUCGCGGUUGGGACGUUUGAAUGUUUUGUGGGUUCUAUAGUCACUGAUGAUGAAGAUUAUAUCAUUAUAAGAGAAGCCGGCGUUCAUUGUGAAAGAAAAAUGGAGGGGGUUCUUGGAAUGAAGCUCACGAAACAAAAACAAUUAACGAAAACUUGUGUGGAACCUGAAUUCGAGACUACAAUCUUUGAUGACGCAACAUUAAGACCUGUACAUCCAAAAAUCAAACAUUCAACAAUGAGGCCUUCAACAAAACCAAACACGGAUAAACCGACUCAUAUUUCACCAUCAGGCUCCUCAUCAGGAUCGAAAACAAACGUAUUAUUAAGUUUAGCCCUUUCAAUUGUGAUUAUAAUUUAUUGAUCCCGUUUCGAAAUUUUAAAUUCCUAUUUAUGUUUGCAUCUUGCCAUUUUAUUUAUGAACGUCCAAAUUCAUGUGUGAUCUCAUCAUAUCAAGCAGACAGCAAAAAUGAUCCAUCAGUACUUAACUUGCUCGCUGAUAUGGUUCCUACACUUCCCCAAUUCUAAGAAGGUUUGACGAUUUGUACAUAAUCAAACGAAACGAACAUUCAAAAUGAAUUCGUUUACCUUGAACCGUCUUAGAAACCGACUUUUUAUACCUUUUUAUUACUAUUAUUAGAUUACUUUAGACUGUUUCUUAUAUUAUUUAUUUGUUACUUGUAUUAAAUAAAUUAUACCUUACGAAAAUCUUUUGUUUUAU